UGUAGAAUAAUGUUGCCGUAUAUCCACCACCUAAUUAUCAAAGUAGCAUCAGAGUAACCACCGCCACAGCCAUCCAUUUACUGAAGUUGUUGCUGCAGAAGAGCGUUUUCUCCAAGGAUGGGCAAGCGAGAAGGAGAAGUAGUGUGUGUCACAGGCGGCAGCGGCUACAUUGGCUCCUGCCUUCUUCACCUCCUCCUCCACCACGGCUACACCGUCCACGCCACCGUCAAGAAUCUCGAGGAUGAGAAAGAAACCAACCAUUUGCGAGCCAUGGAAGGAGCUGAAUCCCGCCUCCGUCUCUUCCAGAUGGAUUUGCUUCAAUACGACUCCAUUGUGGCCGCCGUCACCGGCGCCGCCGGCGUUUUCCACCUCGCUUCCCCUUGUAUUGUGGAUAAAGUCCACGAUCCUGAGCGGGAGCUGUUGGACCCGGCAAUUAAAGGCACCAUUAAUGUACUGACGGCAGCCAAAGAGCUUGGUGUUCGCCGUGUGGUUGUCACCUCUUCGAUUUCGGCUAUCAUCCCCAGCCCUAAUUGGCCGGCGGACGUGGUUAAGAACGAAGAUUGCUGGACUGAUGAGGAGUACUGCAAGCGCAAGGGGAUUUGGUAUCCACUUUCUAAAACCCUUGCCGAAAAAGCUGCUUGGGAAUUUGCCGAGGAAAAAGGUCUGGACAUUGUUGUGGUGAAUCCUGGAACAGUGAUGGGUCCUGUUAUUCCGCCAUCAUUAAAUGCAAGCAUGCAGAUGCUUCUUCGUCUUCUACAAGGGUGCACUGAAGUGUAUGAAGACUUCUUUAUGGGAUCCGUGCACGUUAAAGAUGUCGCUCUUGCACACUUACUGGUAUACGAGAACACAUCAGCAACUGGGCGGCACUUGUGCGUCGAAGCCAUAUCCCACUAUGGUGAUUUUGCUGCUAAGGUGGCAGAACUUUACCCUGAGUACAAUGUGCCCAAGUUGCCCAAGGACACUCAACCUGGAUUACGAAGGUCCAAGGAUGCAUCCAAGAAGCUAAUAGACUUGGGCAUGGAAUUUAUUUCCAUGGAGCAAAUUAUUAAGGACGGUGUUGAGAGUCUGAGGAGCAAGGGAUAUAUUUCUUAGAAACUAGUGUGGCAUGCUUGUGUGGUUUGUAAUCUGGAAUGAUACGCUUUAUGGAGUGUGGUAUGUGAAAUUAGUGUUUAUUAACAACGCUUCCUGCCUCCUUAACAAGA